AUGGCCACAAGCUUCGUCAAUACAAAAAAAGCAUUGGUCGAUUUCAAAAAUGUUAUAGCCUGUGCCGCUUGUGAAAAAAGUGUCAAAGACUUGCAAUUCUUGGGAACAUCAUGUAAACAUGCAUUUUGCUGGGACUGCAUUUCAUCAUUCACCGAUCUCACAAAGAAAAAGCGAGGCUACUCAGCCGCAUGUCCAAGAUGCGCAAUGCAACUUAAUAUGUCGAAAAUCAGUGGGGCCACAAUUCUUAAUAAUUGCUUUGAUAUGUUAGAAGAGCUUGCAAUUCAUCUAAAUGAGUUCGAAGAGGCAACUCUUUCAAAGGAGGACUUCUGUUCGACUCAAAUGAUAUUUGCGGAUUUCAAUUUGAAAGAAAACGUGAGAACCGUUGAGGACUUCCUUUUAACACAGCCACCAUUCAAUGAAGACGACGACGAGAAUGAUAACGACGACAAAUCCCCUUCGCCGGAACUCGAUUAUUUUGGGAAUUUCGUGAAGUCGAACGAAAUCAAAAAGGAAGAAAUUGAGAUAAAACAGGAGCCAAGCAGCACUGGCUUGAAGCGUCCAUUAUCAAAGUUUGAAGACGAUUCCCCUCGACGGCCUUCGAAAAAAUCGAAAAAUUCAAUUAAUUUUCCGGAGCAAAUGCUUCUUUUCGGUUCUCAGCUACCAGAAAGAACCCAUGAUAAUAAUUCAUUAUCGCCAUUUGUAAAUAGACGAUCCACCGCACCGGCGGCAUCAUCCGGCAUGGUGGCCAUGUUCGCAGACCCAAUACGAAGUGUGAAAGUCAAGAAAGAGCCUUCUCCAGAUGACCCAUUUGUCAGAAAUGUCGCACAGCCGCGGAAAACGAUGUCGACGAAGGCCGACGAUGUUAAACGCGAGACAAAGUCGAGAACGCGAGCUUCUCUUCAGAGAGAAAGGCAGAGUAUAAGCCGGUCGGCGAGUCCGGCGAGUUUGGAGAUUAAAUCUAACACUAAAUCACCGAGGAGAAGCUCGUUUGGAACAAGACGCGGAGAAGUUGUGAUUAUCAAUUCAAUUAUGAAUAAUCGAAUUCCGCAACUCCAAAGUGCGAUUGAUGCUGGAACCUGCCUAAAUGAGAAGGAGGGGGACAAAACGCCUCUCUAUGUCGCCGUCGAGCACAACAACCUAAAAGCGGUGGAGCUUCUUGUCAAUAAUGGUGCUCUUAUCAAUGCUAGCUGUCUGCCGAGCUGCGAGACCACUCUACACGAAGCUGUUCGUCAGAAGAAUCACAAGAUUGCCGAGUUUCUACUUUCGAAAGGGGCUAGUAUGAAAAUCAGGAAUAGCUGGAAGAAGACGGCUGAGAAUCUCAUUGAUGAGAACGAUGUGGAGAUGAAGAGGAUUUUCCACAAGCAUAGGAAUAAGCAUGUGCUUCAGCCCGUCGUGAAUCCGAGGAGGCCGAGAAUUUAUUUUGUGCAGCUAAUUGAUGAAAAAUCACUAACGGAAAGGGAAAAGACACGAUUACCGGGAAAACUGAAUCUCGUAAAUUCGGAAAUUUCUGGUGUCACUCAUGUCGUCAUCGACGUUGAGCCGAAAUCGCACAUUCUAACAAUUUCGAAAGAAAAUCUCGCGCAGAUAUUGACAGCGAUUAUACGUCCGAGCCUUUUGGUGAGCACGAAAUGGCUCAAAGAUUGUAUAUCGGACGAGCGGAAAGUGGAAAAUGACAAGGAUUACAUAAUCAAGAAGGUGCGGGUGAUGGAUGGGCCAGUUAUUGAAGGGUCCAAAGAGAAAUGGAAGAAGACCGAUGACAGAAUGAGUCCCAAGCUGUUUGUCGGCUGCAAAUUCCAUUUUUUAAGGACCAAAUAUCAAUUCCUAGAUCGACCAGCUCUAAUUGAGAUAGUGAGAGCUGGAGGAGGUCUGGCCUUUCCAAGAGAGCCGGUUUUAUCGGAGCACGACCCGCCGCCCUAUCAUAACCCGAAUUUGGCGCCGAAUUUCAUUGUAUACAGCUUAAACCAUGAUGUUCCCAACAAAUACCGAGAUUCGAGCAAGUUCACGCUCGUCUGCGAAGCGUGGCUCAUCGAAGCGAUCCUCAAUUUCUCAUUGACCGCAACUCCAUAUUAA